AUGGUCCUCUUCGCUUUAACUUCGUCUUCUUCUUCUAAGCUAAAACAACGAUCACACCAAAGCUUCUCCGAGUCUUUAAUGGAAGAUAGCAUCGAAGACGCUGAAUCAAUCAUUCAUCGAUGGAUUUCACCUCAACUUCUCGACAUCUCUUCUUCUUCCUCUUUCUGCUGCAUCACCUCGCUUUUCUCCACCGGAAACCGCGAAGAAGCAACACGAUUCAUCGCCGCCGUUAAAACCUUACACUCCGGAAUGGUUAGACUGAUCUCGACAAAUCCAGCAUCGUUGAAGCUAGUUCGAGCAGAGAAUCUAAUGCGAAUCUCCAUGGAUCAUCUAGCUAAAGAGUUUUACCGGAUUCUCAAAUCGAAUCGGAGAUAUCUUGAUCCUGAAUCCGUCUCCGUUCGGUCUCGGAAGGUCUCUCAUGGAGAAGAUGCAGACGCUAUGGCGGAUUUGAAGAUGAUCGCCGAUUGCAUGACGUCAUCAGGUUACGGAAGAGAAUGCUUUAGGAUUUACCGGAAAAUCCGGAAAUCGAUCAUCGUCGAAGCAAUGGAUCGACUCGGUUUCGAGGAUUUGAGUUUAUCGCAGAUGCAGAAACUGGAUUGGGAGUAUUUGGAGAAGAAGAUGAGAAAUUGGUUACGAGCGGCGAGAAAAGCCGUGACGACUCUGUUUUACGGUGAACGAAUCCUCUCCGAUCACGUCUUCUCUUCUUCUUCCGCCGCGAUUCGAGAAUCUUCCUUCGCGGAAAUCACUCUACAGAGCGCUUUAACGAUGUUCACUUUCCCGGAAAACAUGGCGAAAUCCCGGAAAUCUCCCGAGAAAAUCUUCCUCACGCUCGACGUUUACCAAUCCAUCGUCGAGCUCUUGCCGGUAAUCGAAGAAGUUUUCAGCUACGAUUCAACUUCUCCCGUCAAAUCACAGAUCGACGUAACCCUAACGGAUCUCGAGGAAGGAGUAAUUUCAAUGCUCGACGAAUUCGAGUCGUCGAUUGCAAAAGAAUCUUCGAAAUCCCUAAUCUCCGGCGGCGGAAUCCACCAGCUCACGAGAUACGUCAUGAAUUUCAUCGUCUUCCUCGCCGAUUACAGCGACCCACUCGCCGAUAUCAUCUCCAAAACGCCGUCGUCCUUCACCGGCGACGUUGAUUCAUCAUCGUCAUCAUCGCCGCUCGCUAAACGAAUUUCGUGGCUGAUUCUGUUCCUUCUCUGCAAAAUCGACGCGAAAUCUCGUCUCUACAACGACGUGGCUCUCUCGUAUCUCUUCCUCAUCAACAAUCUCAAUUACGUCGGGGUCAAAGUCCGUACAUCGAAUCUAAAGGAGAUUCUGAGCGAAGAUUGGCUGGAGAAGCACGAAGGGAAAGUGAAGAAGUACGUCGCGAAAUUCGUGGAGAUCGUUUGGGGAGAGAUGGUGGUGAUGAUGACGUCACUUUCGACGACGGCGGAGGAGGAGGAAGAAGAAGAAGCGGAGGAGGUUGUCAGGCGGUUUAGUGACCGGUUCGAGGAAGCGUACAAGAGGCAAACUGGUUGGGUCGUACCGGAUUCGAAAUUGAGAGACGAGAUUAAAGUUUCAGUCGCUAUGAUGCUUAUACCUGCUUACGCGGAGUGUAACAAAAAGUGCCGGGUCGGGUUACGAAAGAAUGUCGGGUUUGUCCCUGAGGAUAUUGGGAAUUACCUUUCGGAUCUGUAUUUUGGAACAGGUGGAUCAGGGAUUGUUUCGUCAAUUCACUCUUCGGAUACUGAUAUUUGACAC